AUGAGACCACUCUCACCCACAUUGGCGGAAAUAGCACGCAGGGAUUUGAAUGAGAUACCAGAAAGGAUUGAACAGGAUUUAAUUAUUUUAAGGGAAUGGAUAAGACAACAAAGACAUUUAAGAGCGCGCACCAGUGAUGAAUUUUUAAUAGCAUUUUUGCGUCGUUGCAAAUAUAGUUUGGAAGCGACCAAAAGAAGAAUUGAUGCUUUCUUCUCCUAUUACAAUGUAUUUCCAGAAGUAUUACGAAAUCGUUGUGUUAAUAGCAGAAUAUUCGAUAUUAAUAGAUUGGGAGUCCAUUACUAUCCGGAAUUUCCCAAGUGCAAUAAUAAUGCUGCAAUUUUAAUUGCUCGCUUUGGGCAAUUCGAUCCCAAACGUUAUAAUGUUAAGGAAAUUUUUCAAUUUAUUAUGAUGGCCAUGGAAAUGAUAUCAUUGGAAAAUGAUCAUGCCACCGUUGCGGGUGUUUGUCAAAUUAUCGAUCUUAAGAAUAUUUCUUUUGAGCGUAUCAAAAACUUUGAUCGCUGUUUGUUUCAAAAGUAUUGGUGGUGGGUUCAGGAAUGUUGUCCGCUACGUAUUAAAGAGGUUUAUGUGGUUAAUGCCGAUAAGGAUAUACAGCGCAGAAUUAAUUUUAUUAAAACGUUUGUAAAGAAUCAAAUGCAAUAUCCGGUAUUUGUCAUCAAAACAUUUGAAGACCUUUACGAGUAUAUACCCAAAUGUAAUUUACCCGAAGAAUAUGGUGGUUCUAAUGGUCAUAUUGCUGAAUGUAUUGCCUAUAUGGAAGAUCUUUUACAAAGUUAUCGUAAUUAUUUCAAUGAAGAUGCUUUAUAUGGUUGUUCGGAAGAACUUAGAGCUGGUGAGGUGGUGACAUAUGAAGCUGAAUUUGGUUUAAAUGGUACAUUUCGUAAAUUGUCAAUAGAUUAA